AGCAAACUUCUCAAAACUGGUCACACUCGAUAAGGCCAACAAUUAUUAUUAUGUUAAAAACCGGCGUGUUCGUAAUGGUGAUGGCUGUAACCGGCCAGGUCAUUUAUGGUAACGAAACGGUCGCCAAAGCCCAAAGCGAUGCAGCCGCAACAGCAUCGAAUGGCGACGGAGCACCUACGGUUUCUACCGGUACAACAACGUCCACUAGCUCCAACAGCGAUGGAUCACUGUCCGACAACGUCGAGACAGAGUCAGUUGUACAGAGUGAUCCACUACCCUACGAAGCCUCGGUCUUGCCCUAUGGAAAUUAUUGCCCUACCGAUCACAGCUCAAACGUAGCGAGCUACCAGCAACCUUCGAUCCAAGAAACUUCCCUGACACAGCAGCCCGUUCCUAAUGAACAAUACUAUCAGCCGUCGUAUUCACAAGUGCAAUCCGUUCCCCAAAUCCAGCCUAAUCCCAUAUCUUUUCCACAGCAAUACACUAGCGAACCGUACGCUUACUAUCAAGGUUAUCCUCCAAGUUUUGCCGCUAAUGCUUACCAAAGGGGAUUCAUUAGCAAACCUUGUGAUUUAAGGAACGAGUUUUGCUGAACAAUCAAAAGAAGACGACCAUAUUUUUAUUUAUUUUAUUUUAUUUUAUUGAAUGUAGUUAAUUGUUUAGACAAUUCAAAUUUAGCUCGUGGUGUGUAUUUAUAUUGUACUUAAAUUUUAAAUAUUAAUUAGUAUCAAUCAUUGUCUUUAUAAAUUAACUGAGACAUUUGUACCUUAGUUUUAUCAGAUAUUAUAACAACUAUACUACUUUUUAAGUAGUAUUAGAAAAAAAUGUGUAUAGUUUAAAAAAUAUAUGUAAAAAAAAAACAAUUGAUAAGCAGAA